AUGGCUGCAGCUUCAUAUGAUCAGUUGUUAAAGCAAGUUGAGGCACUGAAGAUGGAGAACUCAAAUCUUCGACAAGAGCUAGAAGAUAAUUCCAAUCAUCUUACAAAACUGGAAACUGAGGCAUCUAAUAUGAAGGAAGUACUUAAACAGCUUCAAGGAAGCAUUGAUGAUGAAGCUAUGACAUCUUCUGGACAGAUUGAUUUAUUAGAGCGCCUGAAAGAGCUUAACUUAGAUAGCAGUAAUUUCCCUGGAGUAAAACUACGGUCAAAAAUGUCCCUCCGUUCUUACGGGAGCCGGGAAGGGUCUGUAUCCAGUCGUUCAGGAGAGUGCAGUCCUGUUCCUAUGGGUUCCUUCCCAAGAAGAGGGUUUGUAAAUGGAAGCAGAGAAAAUACUGGUUAUUUAGAAGAACUUGAGAAAGAGAGAUCAUUACUUCUUGCUGAUCUUGACAAAGAAGAAAAGGAAAAGGACUGGUACUAUGCUCAACUUCAGAAUCUCACUAAAAGAAUAGAUAGUCUUCCUUUAACUGAAAAUUUUUCCUUACAAACAGAUAUGACCAGAAGGCAAUUGGAAUAUGAAGCAAGGCAAAUCAGAGUUGCAAUGGAAGAACAACUAGGAACGUGCCAAGAUAUGGAAAAACGAGCACAGCGAAGAGUAACCAGAAUUCAACAAAUAGAGAAGGACAUACUUCGUAUACGACAGCUUUUACAGUCCCAAGCAACAGAAGCAGAGAGGUCAUCUCAGAACAAGCACGAAGCUGGCUCACAUGAAGCUGAGCGGCAGAAUGAAGGUCAAGGAGUGGCAGAAAUCAACAUGGCAACUUCUGGUAGUGGUCAGGGUUCAGCUACACGAAUGGAUCAUGAAACAGCCAGUGUUUUGAGUUCUAGUAGCACACACUCUGCUCCUCGAAGGCUGACAAGUCAUCUGGGAACCAAGGUGGAAAUGGUGUAUUCAUUGUUGUCAAUGCUUGGUACUCAUGAUAAGGAUGAUAUGUCACGAACUUUGCUAGCUAUGUCUAGCUCCCAAGACAGCUGUAUAUCCAUGCGACAGUCUGGAUGUCUUCCUCUCCUCAUCCAGCUUUUACAUGGCAAUGACAAAGACUCUGUGUUGUUGGGAAAUUCCCGGGGCAGUAAAGAGGCUCGGGCCAGGGCCAGUGCAGCACUCCACAACAUCAUUCACUCACAGCCUGAUGACAAGAGAGGCAGGCGUGAAAUCCGAGUCCUUCAUCUUUUGGAACAGAUACGAGCUUACUGUGAAACCUGUUGGGAGUGGCAGGAAGCCCACGAACAAGGCAUGGACCAGGACAAAAAUCCAAUGCCAGCUCCUGUUGAACAUCAGAUCUGUCCUGCUGUGUGUGUUCUAAUGAAACUUUCAUUUGAUGAAGAACAUAGACAUGCAAUGAAUGAACUUGGGGGACUACAGGCCAUUGCAGAAUUAUUGCAAGUGGACUGUGAAAUGUAUGGGCUUACUAAUGACCACUACAGUAUUACAUUAAGACGAUAUGCUGGAAUGGCUUUGACAAACUUGACUUUUGGAGAUGUAGCAAACAAGGCCACACUCUGCUCCAUGAAAGGCUGCAUGAGAGCACUGGUCGCCCAACUGAAGUCAGAGAGUGAGGACUUACAGCAGGUUAUUGCAAGUGUUUUGAGGAAUUUGUCUUGGAGAGCAGAUGUAAAUAGUAAAAAGACAUUGCGCGAAGUUGGAAGUGUGAAAGCAUUGAUGGAGUGUGCUUUGGAAGUUAAAAAGGAAUCAACCCUGAAAAGCGUACUGAGUGCCUUAUGGAAUUUGUCAGCACAUUGCACUGAGAAUAAAGCCGAUAUAUGUGCUGUAGAUGGUGCGCUCGCAUUUUUGGUUGGCACUCUCACUUACCGGAGCCAGACAAACACCUUAGCCAUCAUUGAAAGUGGAGGUGGGAUAUUACGGAAUGUGUCCAGCUUGAUAGCUACAAAUGAGGACCACAGGCAAAUUCUAAGAGAAAACAAUUGCCUGCAAACCUUAUUACAACACUUAAAAUCUCACAGUUUGACAAUAGUCAGUAAUGCAUGUGGAACCUUGUGGAAUCUCUCAGCAAGAAAUCCUAAAGACCAGGAAGCAUUAUGGGACAUGGGGGCAGUCAGCAUGCUCAAGAACCUCAUUCACUCAAAGCACAAAAUGAUUGCUAUGGGAAGUGCUGCAGCUUUAAGGAAUCUCAUGGCAAAUAGACCCACAAAGUAUAAAGAUGCCAAUAUUAUGUCUCCUGGUUCAAGCUUGCCAUCUCUUCAUGUCAGGAAACAAAAAGCUCUGGAAGCAGAAUUAGACGCUCAGCACUUAUCAGAAACUUUUGACAAUAUUGACAAUUUAAGUCCCAAGACAUCUCAUCGUAGUAAGCAAAGACACAAGCAAAGUCUUUAUGGUGACUAUGUUUUUGACACCAAUCGACAUGAUGAUAACAGGUCAGACAAUUUUAAUACCGGAAACAUGACUGUCCUUUCACCAUAUUUAAAUACUACGGUGUUGCCCAGCUCCUCAUCAUCCAGAGGAAGUUUAGAUAGUUCUCGUUCUGAAAAAGAUAGAAGUUUGGAGAGAGAACGAGGAAUUAGCCUAGGCAACUACCACCCAGCAACAGAAAAUCCAGGAACCUCUUCAAAGCGAGGUUUGCAGAUUUCCACCACUGCAGCUCAGAUUGCUAAAGUCAUGGAAGAGGUAGCAGCCAUUCACACCUCUCAGGAAGAUAGAAGUUCUGGGUCUACCACGGAGUUACAUUGUGGGGCAGAUGAGAGGAAUGCACUAAGAAGAAGCUCUACUACUCACACACAUUCAAACACUUACAACUUCACUAAAUCAGAAAAUUCAAAUAGGACAUGUUCUAUGCCUUAUGCCAAAUUGGAAUAUAAGAGAUCUUCAAAUGAUAGUUUAAAUAGUGUCAGCAGUAGUGAUGGUUACGGUAAAAGAGGUCAAAUGAAACCUUCGAUUGAAUCCUAUUCUGAAGAUGAUGAAAGUAAAUGUUGCAGCUAUGGUCAAUAUCCAGCUGACCUAGCCCAUAAAAUACACAGUGCAAAUCAUAUGGAUGAUAAUGAUGGAGAACUAGAUACGCCAAUAAAUUAUAGUCUUAAAUAUUCAGAUGAGCAGCUGAACUCGGGAAGGCAGAGUCCUUCCCAGAAUGAAAGAUGGGCAAGACCCAAACAUAUAAUAGAAGAUGAAAUGAAACACAGUGAGCAGAGACAAUCAAGGAGUCAAAGCACAACUUACCCUGUAUAUACUGAGAGCACUGAUGAUAAACACCUCAAGUUCCAACCACAUUUUGGGCAGCAAGAAUGUGUUUCCCCAUAUAGGUCAAGAGGAGCCAAUGGUUCAGAAACAAAUCGAGUGGGUUCUAAUCAUACAAUUAAUCAAAAUGUAAACCAGUCUUUGUGUCAGGAAGAUGACUAUGAAGAUGAUAAGCCAACCAACUACAGUGAACGUUACUCUGAGGAAGAACAGCAUGAAGAGGAAGAAAGACCAACAAACUAUAGCAUAAAGUAUAAUGAAGAAAAACAUCAUGUGGAUCAGCCUAUUGAUUAUAGUUUAAAAUAUUCCACAGACAUUCCUUCCUCACAGAAACCAUCAUUUUCAUUCUCAAAGAGUUCCUCUGGACAAAGCACGAAGUCUGAACACAUCUCUACAAGCAGUGAGAAUACAACCACACCUUCAUCUAAUCCCAAGAGGCAGAAUCAGCUCCAUCCAAGUUCAGCACAAAGCAGAAAUGGUCAGACUCAAAAAGCCACCUCUUGCAAAGUUCCCUCUAUCAACCAAGAGACAAUACAGACCUACUGUGUGGAAGAUACCCCAAUAUGUUUUUCAAGGUGUAGUUCAUUAUCAUCUUUGUCAUCAGCUGAAGAUGAAAUAGGAUGUGAUCAGACAACACAGGAGACAGAUUCUGCUAAUACGCUACAGGUAGCAGAAAUAAAAGAAAACAGUGGAACUAGAUCAACUGAAGGUUCUGUGAGUGAAGUUCCAGCAGUGUCGCAGCACAUUAGAACCAAAUCCAGCAGACUCCCAGCUUCUGGUUUAUCUUCAGAAUCAGCCAGGCACAAAGCUGUUGAACUUUCUUCAGGGGCCAAAUCUCCAUCAAAAAGUGGUGCCCAGACGCCUAAAAGUCCACCAGAGCACUACGUUCAGGAGACUCCACUCAUGUUUAGUAGAUGUACUUCUGUCAGUUCACUUGAUAGUUUUGAGAGUCGUUCAAUUGCCAGCUCCGUUCAGAGUGAACCCUGCAGUGGAAUGGUAAGUGGCAUCAUAAGCCCCAGUGACCUUCCAGAUAGCCCUGGGCAAACCAUGCCACCAAGCAGAAGUAAAACCCCUCCUCCUCCACCUCCUCCUCCUCAGACAGUUCAAGCUAAACAAGAGUUAACUAAAAAUAAAGUACCUAAUGCUGAAAAGAGAGAAAGUGGACCUAAGCAAGCUGCUGUAAAUGCUGCAGUUCAGAGGGUCCAGGUUCUUCCAGAUGCUGAUACUUUAUUACAUUUUGCCACAGAAAGUACUCCAGAUGGGUUUUCUUGUUCAUCUAGCCUGAGUGCACUGAGCCUCGAUGAGCCAUUCAUACAGAAAGAUGUGGAAUUAAGAAUAAUGCCUCCAGUUCAGGAAAAUGACAAUGCAAAUGAAACAGAAUCUGAGCAGCCUGAAGAAUCAAAUGAAAAUCAGGACAAAGAGGCACAAAAACCUGAUUCUGAAAAAGAUCUAUUAGAUGAUUCAGAUGAUGAUGAUAUUGAAAUACUAGAAGAAUGUAUUAUUUCUGCCAUGCCAACAAAAUCUGCACACAAAGCCAAAAAGCCAGCCCAGGGUGCUUCAAAAUUACCUCCACCUGUAGCAAGGAAACCAAGUCAACUGCCUGUGUACAAACUUCUGCCAUCACAAAACAGGAUACAAGCACAAAAGCAUGUUAGUUUUACACCAGGAGAUGAUAUGCCACGGGUGUAUUGUGUAGAAGGAACGCCUAUAAACUUUUCCACAGCUACAUCUCUAAGUGACCUAACAAUAGAAUCCCCUCCAAAUGAGUUAGUUGCUGGAGAAGGAGUUAGAGCAGGGGCACAGACAGGCGAAUUUGAAAAACGAGACACCAUUCCUACAGAAGGCAGAAGUACAGAUGAGGCUCAAAGAGGAAAACCAUCAUCUUUAACUGUACCUGAACUGGAUGACAGUAAAACAGAAGAAGGUGAUAUUCUUGCAGAAUGCAUUAAUUCUGCUAUGCCCAAAGGAAAAAGUCACAAACCUUUCCGUGUGAAAAAGAUAAUGGACCAGGUCCAACAAGCAUCUAUGUCUUCAUCUGGGACUAACAAGAAUCAAUUAGAUAGUAAGAAGAAGAAACCUACUUCACCAGUAAAACCUAUGCCACAAAACACUGAAUAUAGGACACGUGUAAAAAAAAACACAGAUUCAAAAAAUAACUUAAAUGCUGAAAGAACUUUUUCAGAUAAUAAAGAUUCAAAGAAACAGAACUUGAAAAAUAAUUCCAAGGACUUCAAUGAUAAGCUACCAAACAAUGAAGAUCGGGUUAGAGGAAGUUUUACUUUUGAUUCUCCUCAUCAUUACACACCUAUUGAAGGAACUCCAUACUGCUUUUCACGAAAUGAUUCUUUGAGUUCUCUAGAUUUUGAUGAUGAUGAUGUCGAUCUUUCCAGGGAAAAGGCUGAAUUAAGAAAGGGGAAAGACAAUAAGGAAUCAGAAGCUAAAGUUGCCAGUCACACAGAACUAACCUCUAGCCAACAAUCAGGUAAUAAGACACAAACUAUUACAAAACAUCCAAUGAAUCGAGGACAGUCUAAUAAACCCAUGCUACAGAAGCAAUCCACUUUUCCCCAGUCAUCCAAAGACAUACCAGACAGAGGGGCAGCAACUGAUGAAAAAUUACAGAAUUUUGCUAUUGAAAAUACACCGGUUUGCUUUUCUCGAAAUUCUUCUCUAAGUUCUCUUAGUGACAUUGAUCAAGAAAACAACAACAACAAAGAAAAUGAACCUAUCAAAGAGACCCAGCCUGCUGACUCACAGGUAGAACCAAGUAAACCUCAGGGUUCAGGUUAUGCUCCUAAAUCAUUUCACGUUGAAGAUACCCCUGUUUGUUUCUCAAGAAACAGUUCUCUCAGUUCUCUCAGUAUUGAUUCUGAAGAUGACCUGUUGCAAGAAUGUAUAAGUUCUGCAAUGCCAAAAAAGAAGAAGCCUGCAAGGCUUAAGGGUGAUAAUGAAAAGCAUAGUCCCAGAAAUAUGGGUGGCAUAUUAGCAGAAGAUUUGACGCUUGAUUUGAAAGAUGUACAGAGACCAGAUUCAGAACAUGGUUUAUCCCCCGAUUCAGAAAAUUUUGAUUGGAAAGCCAUUCAGGAAGGUGCAAAUUCCAUAGUAAGUAGUUUGCAUCAAGCUGCUGCUGCUGCAUGUUUAUCUAGACAAGCUUCAUCUGAUUCAGAUUCCAUCCUUUCACUGAAAUCUGGAAUCUCUCUGGGAUCACCAUUUCAUCUUACACCUGAUCAAGAGGAAAAACCCUUUACAAGUAAUAAAGGCCCACGGAUUCUGAAACCUGGGGAGAAAAGUACAUUGGAAUCUAAAAAGAUGGAAUCUGAAAAUAAAGGAAUCAAAGGAGGAAAAAAAGUUUAUAAAAGUUUGAUUACUGGGAAAGUUCGAUCUAAUUCCGAAGUUUCAAGCCAAUUGAAACAGCCCCUUCAAGCAAGCAUGCCUUCAAUAUCUCGAGGUAGGACGAUGAUCCACAUUCCAGGAGUUCGAAAUAGCUCUUCAAGUACAAGUCCAGUUUCUAAAAAAGGCCCACCCCUUAAGACUCCAGCUUCCAAAAGCCCAAGUGAAGGACAGACAGCCACCACUUCUCCCAGAGGAGCUAAGCCAUCAGUGAAGUCAGAAUUAAGCCCUGUUAACAGGCAGAUGUCACAACAGGCAGGAUCGAAUAAAGGGUCUUCUAGAUCAGGAUCUAGAGAUUCCACUCCUUCAAGACCAGUCCAGCAACCAUUAAGUAGACCUAUGCAGUCUCCAGGACGAAAUUCAAUUUCUCCUGGUAGAAAUGGAAUAAGUCCUCCUAACAAAUUAUCUCAACUGCCAAGGACAUCAUCCCCUAGUACUGCUUCAACCAAGUCCUCGGGUUCUGGGAAAAUGUCAUACACAUCUCCAGGCAGACAGAUGAGCCAGCAGAACCUUACCAAACAAGCAGGCUUAUCCAAGAAUGGCAAUAGUAUCCCAAGAAGUGAGUCUGCCUCCAAAGGACUAAAUCAGAUGAAUAAUAGCAGUGGAUCCAAUAAAAAGGUAGAACUUUCUAGAAUGUCUUCAACUAAAUCAAGUGGAAGUGAAUCUGAUAGGUCAGAGAGACCUGUAUUGGUACGCCAGUCAACUUUCAUCAAAGAAGCUCCAAGCCCAACCCUAAGGAGAAAAUUGGAGGAAUCUGCUUCAUUUGAAUCUCUUUCUCCAUCUUCUAGACCAGAUUCUCCCACUAGGUCCCAGGCACAGACUCCAGUUUUAAGUCCUUCCCUUCCUGAUAUGUCUCUAUCCACACAUUCAUCUGUUCAGGCUGGUGGGUGGCGAAAACUACCCCCUAAUCUCAGUCCCACCAUAGAGUAUAAUGACGGAAGACCAGCAAAGCGCCAUGAUAUAGCACGCUCCCAUUCUGAAAGUCCUUCCAGGCUUCCCAUCAAUAGGUCAGGAACCUGGAAACGUGAGCACAGUAAACAUUCAUCGUCCCUUCCUCGGGUAAGCACUUGGAGAAGAACUGGAAGUUCAUCCUCAAUUCUUUCUGCUUCAUCAGAAUCCAGUGAAAAAGCAAAAAGUGAAGAUGAAAAACAUGUGAACUAUAUUUCAGGAACCAAACAAACUAAGGAAAACCAAGGAUCUACAAAAGGAACAUGGAGAAAAAUAAAAGAAAGUGACAUUUCUCCCACAAAUUGUACUUCUCAGACCACUUCCUCAGGUGCUGCUAAUGGUGCUGAAUCAAAGACUCUAAUUUAUCAAAUGGCACCUGCUGUUUCUAAAACAGAGGACGUUUGGGUGAGAAUUGAGGACUGUCCCAUUAACAACCCUAGAUCCGGAAGGUCUCCCACAGGAAAUACUCCCCCUGUGAUUGACAGUGUUUCAGAAAAGGGAAAUCCAAACGCUAAAGAUUCAAAGGAUAAUCAGGGAAAACAAAAUGUGGGAAAUGGCAGUGGCCCCGUACGCACCGCGGGUUUGGAAAACCGCCUGAACUCCUUUAUUCAGGUAGAUGCCCCAGACCAAAAAGGAAGUGAGGCAAAACUGGGACAAAAUAACCCUGUCCCUGCGUUAGAGACUAAUGAAAGUUCAAUAGCUGAGCGUACCCCAUUUGGUUCUAGCAGCUCCAGCAAACACAGUUCACCUAGUGGGACUGUUGCUGCCAGAGUGACUCCUUUUAAUUACAACCCAAGCCCCAGGAAAAGCAGCGCAGAUAGCACUUCAGCCCGGCCGUCUCAGAUCCCGACGCCAGUGAAUAGCAACACGAAGAAACGAGAUUCAAAAACUGACAGCACAGAAUCCAGUGGAACUCAAAGUCCUAAGCGCCAUUCUGGGUCUUACCUUGUGACAUCUGUUUAA